CGCGUCGGCCCCGCAUGAACCUCGACCUGCUGUGGGAGCAUGAGAAGCGGCGCGGGCUUCUCGAUGAGAGCGCCGAGCCGACGCCGACGGCCAGCAAGACUGCAAGGCGGACCACCAAGCUGGUCAUCUCGGCCCGCAGCUUUGCCCUCUCGGACGACAAGAUUUUCGAGAAGAGCGGGUUUGCGCUCGACUACGAAGGCCACACGUCCAAGCGCAUGAGCAUCCCGACAGCGCAGGCCACACCAGCGCCAGAGGCCACGCCCAAGCGCCGGACCGUCGCGCUACUCGGCGACGUGAGCAGCCCCGGCAAGCGAAAGCCGUCGACGCCGCACAAGGACGCCAAGCUCGCGCUCACCGCGCUCUCGAUAAAGCCGCAGCCGACGACGGUGCGAAAUGAGCGCUCGAAUCGGACGGUGCCCAGUGUCACCGAGGCCUUUCGACACUACAUUGGCGACCACUUUGGCACGCGGGGCGAGUACAUUGAUGGCAUGCUGUACAUGUCCCGCAUGAAGAAGUCCCACGCGCUGCUCUUUGGGCACAAAUCGUCGUUUCUCCUCUCGCCGGGGAACGCGCCGAUCGCGCAGUCGAUUGACGGCAACGCGUUGAAGGAAGCGCUCGCGGACGCCCCGUCGCUUCCGUCGGUCGAGUCCGAGUCGUCGAAUGCUGCCCGCGUCAAGACGCAAGCGCAGCGGUGCUCGUCCACGCUCGCGAACUGGAGCUCCAACCCCGCAAACGCCCGGCUCAUGGUCGACGAAGGCGUCGUGCAAGCCAUCAUCCUCCUCUCCAAAACCGACGACCUCGCCACGCGGAUCCACUGCGUCACGACCUUUAUGAACCUCUCCAACGUCUCGGACCUCCGCCGCGGGCUCAUCAAGCUCGGGGCCGUCAAGACGAUCGUCUCGAUCCUCAACGGCGGCGACGACAAGACGCUCCAGACAGCGUGCGCUUUGACGUUAUGCAACCUGUGCUGCCUUCCGGGCGACGAAAGCACGUUGGUGGCCGACGGGGCGGUCGGGGCGCUCGCAGGACUGAUCAACGAGACCGCGUCCGUGGCGUCGAUUUGCGAACGUGGCAUCUUUAACCUGACGUGCGUGAAGGAGCCCUACUACCAAAUCGAAGUCGUCAUCAAGGCCCUUGUUGCGCUCUCGGCGAGCGGCCAGGCCAAGAAGCGCACCAUGCUCAUGUGUGCGACGUCGUUCGUGAACCUCUCCAACAUGAAACGCGUUCGUUCGCGGCUCAUGGAAGAAGGCAUUGUAUCGGCCAUCACGGCGCUGCUUCGAUCCCAAGACGCCGAGGUGAAACACAUGCUUGCGUACGUGCUCUGCAACAUCUCGGCCAUGCGCUCGUGCCGCGUCGAGCUCGUUACCAAAGGGUCCAUGAAUGUCCUUGUCGCCCUCGCCGGGUCGCCGACGCUCACACCACAAACGCAGUGGAUCAUCGGCAGCACCUUGAGCAACUUUAGUAAAGAGAGCACGAUCCGGCUACGGCUCGUGCUCGAGGGACUCCUCUCCAUUGUAACCUUCCUGCUGCGGUCCCCGACGUACGAAGCCGCGCCAGAGGCAUUGGCCAACGACAUUCGCAAGGUGUGCGCCACUGCGGUGCACAACUGUUCGUGCAGCGAAGAGACGCGGACCAAGCUCGUCGAGCGCGACGGCAUCGCGAUCCUCACCGCGCUCACGGCCAACGCGCCCAACGACGUCAAGCGCAUGGGCACGCUCGCGCUGUGCAACUUUCUCAUGGUCAAGCAAGCGGCGAUCGAAAUUGCUGCGUCCGGCGCGCUCUCGGCGCUCUUUGAACUCGCGCAGCUGCCGCACUCGCCGCCGCAAGCCCAGCUCCUCUACGCCGCCGCGCUGUAUAACCUCUGUCAGAACGGCACGUCACGCGAGUCGAUGAGCACCGGAGGUGGCAUCGCGGCCAUCGUGCACCUUUGCCACGCGAGCUCGCACCCGACGCUAUUGACGCUCUGCACGGCGGCGCUGUGCUACCUUGCAGCCGAUGUUCACACGCGACACGUGGUUGCCAACCUUGACGUUGUCCGCGUCAUCACCCGCGCGCUGGCGACCGAUGUCAUGCCCAUUCAGCGCUACUGCGUCGCGUGUCUAAGCAUGCUCUCGCAAGACGAAGCCUGCGCCGGCCUCAUCCUGCACGAAGGCGGCGUCGGCGCCGUCUUGGAGUCGUGCGUCAACAGCCGCGACAGCGAGACCAAAGCGUGCUGCUGCGACCUCCUUGCGUCGCUCUCGUUCCACGAAGUUUGCCGCGUUCAAUUGGUGCACCUUGGCGUCUUGCCGUCGCUCACAAAGCUCGCCAAGCUCCGCGACCCCGAGAUUCAACGCCGGUGCGCCACGACGCUCGGCAACCUCGCAAGCGAGAAAGCAGUGCACGACGUGCUCUUGAGCUCCAACAUUGUCAGCGUCCUCUCGAUUCUGAGCAACUCGUACAGCGAGGAGAGUCAGAGCGACUGCGCCAAAGCGCUCUGCAACCUCUCGUGCUCGCCGGGGCACGAGGCCAAGCUCGUGGGCGAAGGCGCGGUCGGCGUCCUCUUUAUGAUUUGUGCCGUCCGCUCGGGCAGCGCGUUCACCAAAGAAACGUGCGCGCGGGCGCUUGGCAACCUGCUGCUCGACUCGACCAUGGCGCCAAUUCUCAAGGAAGGACUUGUGAAGCUAUUGCCUGCGAUCACGAAGCUCGAUCCAACUGACGCAUCCCCGAUCCCAGCAACGAUCUAUGCCAAGCUCUUGCGCUCGGAAGAUGCGCGAAGUACGCUCUGCCACGAGACGCAGUCGCUGCGGACGCUUGUCAUGUACAUGCAACUGGACCAUCCGCUGGAUUCGACGACGGCGCUGCUGGCGUCGAUCGCGUGCGAGCUGGCGCUGUACGCCGACACGCGCAUGGCGGCCGUGCGGGAAGGGCUCAUGGACGCGAUAGUCUUCCUCUCCGAGAAGACGUCGCACCGCAUGGGCCGGCUCGUCUCGGCGCUCUUGCUUCUCGCGCUUCACGACGACACGCGCGAGUAUGUGAGCGACGCCAAGUGCAUCACGAUGCUACUCGCGUACCUUGAGGCCCCCGACCCGAUGACGAUCGAGCUUGCUGUCUCGGUGCUCUGCCACGUCUUGUGGCACGACAGCGCGCGGCAGAACGUCGACGUCCUCCACGUAUCCCAGGCGCUCAUUGCCAUUGUGCCGCAAUUUGCGUCCAACCAAGCGAUUUUGGACGUGAUGCUUCUCGGGCUCUGCUGUCUCUCAUUUGACGAGUCGCAUGCUGCAGUGAUGAUCCAGCACGGCAUCUUUGACGCACUGCUCACGUGUCAUGACGACGACCACACGAUCAACCGCGCGCUCAUGUGCAUUCUCGUGCGGCAGCUCUCUCGCACAAAAGACUUUGCGCAGCACGUACUUUCGAGUCCGAUGAUCAUCGAGCUCGUCUCGAAACUCGCGUGCAGCCUUGAACACAAGAGCGACGAAGCUGCCGCGCUCGACUGCGCCGACGUGCUCUGUUCCAUGAGCUACAUCGAGUCGUUGCCGCGCAGCAUGGUUGUCAAGGACGUGAUUCGGUCGCUGCAAGUGCUCUUGACCAACGCGACGCUCGAAACACAAUGGCGCUGCGCCGCGUGUCUAUGCAUGCUGUCGGCCGAAGUGUCGGUGCGCCAAGCCAUGGUGCAGCUCGGCUGCACGCGUCUUCUUGUUCAAGUCGCCAUGAGCAAAGCGCGCUACGACAUCUACCACUGCUGUGCCAUGGCGCUCGGACACCUCUCCAACGACAUGGCCAACACGCACCAAAUGGUGCUCGAGCAAGCCGUGCCCGCGCUUCUGCACUUGGCCAAGAUCGACAAUGACGUGACACGGGAUGCGUGCUCGUUGGCGCUCGCCAAUCUCUCGCGCGAGUCCCCCAAAGUGACGUCCGGCGCCGUCCUCGCCCUCAUCAACCUCUCGAUGGUCGGCAAAGACGCACGUGGAACGAACCCGACCCCCCCGAUCGUCCGGCCGCCAACGAUUACGCACGAGCAUCAGAAGACGCGGACACGCCCGCCGCCGUACAAGUACCCGCUUGACGACUACACGGACCUGUUUAGCACCAAGUUUGUGGCCGAAAUCCCGGACCGACAACCGCCGAUACCGCAUUUACCGGUGAUCGCCGUCGAUAUGGUGCACCUCGGGUCCGACGCCAGCGGCAAUGUGGACGUUGAAGAGAUGCCGCAAGGCAACUUGAUGCAGUUUCCCAAAGUGGAGCCUAUGGACGCCACGUGCAAUGUCGAUUUGGUUGAAGUCGACGACGACGUCUCGGACGAAACGAGUGCUCACCCCGAAGUUGAACCCGCGCCGUCGACCAAGGCCGACUUGGACAAGGUCGACGAAGAGCCUGAGAUGGCCGUCGUGAGCCCGGCGCCGUUGGUGCGGAAGCGGUCGCAGCGCGAGAAGCGCGCACCGGCGCGGCUCGGGAAGGAGUCGACGACCAAGUCGCUCGUCACGUGUGCGAGCGAAGGUGCGUUCUCGGCGGCUGCGAUGGCGUCGCUGAAGGAAAAGCCGACAUUCGCCAAGAAACGCCACAUGUCGGUCAAGACGCUCGUGCCGCUCAAAGCUGUCGAGAGCACCGAGGCUGUCGACGACCUCAAGGAGCAAGCGCGCAAGCUCGGGCUCUGGAGCUAG